AUGUCAAUUGAGGCCAACACAGACAGACAGACAGACAGACAGACAGAUUUUUUAUUCAAGCCUUAUACAAAGUACAUAAGCAGCACAGUUGGUACUACUUCUACAACUACUACAACUACAACAACCCCGAAGCCCACAACUAUAGCAACUACUACUACUCCAACGCCAACUACAACCACUACAACUACACCGAAGCCAACGUCAACAACUACUACCACUACUACGCCGCAACCGACAACAACAACAACUACUACUACUCCAACGCCAACAACAACAACUACUACUACACCGAAGCCCACGACAACAACUACUACGACUACAACGCCGCUACCGACAACAACUACUGCUACUACUACUACUACACCGAAGCCAACCACAACUCCUACCACCACAACCACUUCAAUUACGCCUAUUCCAACUACCACAACCUCUACGACAACCACGUUUAAAGCAUCACCAAUACCCACUAGCUCAGUGCCAGCUCUUACUGAAGGCCGCAUAGACUUAUGUCCUAGCAAUGUAAAAGGUGAUGCAAACCUGUUUCAAGGAUAUCUUGGACAGUAUGGAGAAAACUGCCUGGAACUUGUCCCAGUGAAAACACAAUGGCACAAUGCACAACGUCACUGCCAAGUUGCUGGUCACGGGAGCCUGAUAGAUGUCCAAGACACAUUCAAGCAAGACUACAUUGUACGGUUUCUAGCCAUCCACACCAACGUCGAGUCCAUAUGGUUAGGUUUGACUGACUCUGAGAAAGAAGGCGCCAGUGCGGAGGGAAAGUGGACAUGGGUCUCAGAUGUCAAGAAAAGUCAAAGACCUAAGUUGCCGCCAUGGUUCAGGGCGACGUUGCUUAUCUUGUGCACCCCGCCCCUUCUCGGGCAUUAUCCUUUACUCAUUUUCCCGUUAACUCGGACCAAACUACAAUGGCAACAGCGGUGCUACCCACAAACUGAACGACUGUGUGAUAAUGAAGCAGGGCGGAGAGUGGACGGAUGUGUCGUGUGGAUUGGCUUUGGUUUUGGGGACUGGCUUUGGGGAAGCUCAUGACUUCAUUUGCCAAUAUAAUUUGACCUCAAAACCAAUUAACAUUUUCCACGAAUUGGGGACGCCGUUCGUAGGCUGUUUGUACACACGUUAUUAACUCUGUAAUCAAGGGUUAUCUGUGUAUGCUUCUGUCGAGAACUACGUGUAAACACCAUGCAAUAAAUCAGUUACGAAGAUGGUCUGUCAAGCACUGGGCGUCACACACUCCAUACAUUAUUCUGCGCAGCAAAACUGACUGGAUGCUAAAUACUCAACAACGAUGCCAUUCUGGAUCUAUCAAACUUGCCAGUGAUGGAUGCAAUUGUGGCCUUGAAAUAUUCAAUAGUUCUGUUGGGUUAUUGUUAUGUAACAUAAGAAGACUGUAAAGAAACUGCAGUCAUAAUGAAGAGUGUGUGCAUGUAUUUCAUCAAAAAGCAGUUUCAGCAUAACAAAUAUAAGAUGUACAAACAAUAGUAAAAGAGAAGUGAAAUAAACAACUAGCAGAUAGCAAAAUUGUUAAAG